AUGAAGUGGUUGUACGUUUUUUUCCUGGUCGUAUUGCCUGUGGUUCUAUGCCAAGAACACGAGCCAGCCGCUGUCGCAGAUGCAGGCAGUAAAACUUUAAGUGGCAUUUUAAAAAUAGCGUCUUCGGAAAUAUUAAGCGAUGAUGGACACACAACCGAACCGAAUAUGUUAUUAACAACCCUGUUUGAAACCGCAUUUGCUUCCUUUGACAAAAACAACGACACCAUUGAAAAUGUGAAUCACGAAACAGAGACGCCGUUUGUUAACAUGGAAACUCAAGUGGGUAAUGUAAAUAUUAGUAAUGAAUCAAAUGACACUUCCUAUAUAGAAGGUACUACGGAAAUGAACACAAUAAUAAGUAGGUUUUUGAAUAAAACCACUGAUGUGACAAAUACAGAAACAAAUGAAGAAGUUACAACUGUCAACAGUUUGGGUACAAUUGAUGGAGGAAAUAUUGCAAAUGAAAUGUCCACAGUUCAAAACAAUGAAAAAGAAGAAAUAUUUACGGAAGAUCUACAAUCAGCAACUGAGAAAAUAUCUGAAGAAAUUAAUACAACACCAAAAACCAAAGAAGAUUCAACUACUGAAGAAUCUGAAACGGAAGAAAACAUUACCGAAAAAGAAGAAAUAUUUACUGAAGAUCUACAAUCAGCAACUGAGAAAAUAUCUGAAGAAAUUAAUACAACACCAAAAACCAAAGAAGAUUCAACUAAUGAAGAAUCUGAAACGGAAGAAAACAUUACCGAAAAAGAAGAAAUAUUUACUGAAGAUCUACAAUCAGCAACUGAGAAAAUAUCUGAAGAAAUUAAUACAACACCAGAAACCAAAGAAGAUUUAACCACUGAAGAAAACAUUACUGAAAAUGACCUUCUGGCUCCUGAAGAAUCAAAAAUUGAAGAAAUUAAACCAACUCCCGAUAAUAAAGAAGAAAUAUACACCGAAAAACCACAAACCACAAUUUUUUCAACCUCUACCGAAAAACCUAACCCAAUCUCCAAAACUGAAGACAUUACUGAAACUGAAGAAAUUACUGAAAAACUGUUCAUUACCACUGAGAAAUUUGAAGAAGCAGAAGUUACUGAAAAUGCCCUUUUUGCUGAAGAAUUAAAAACUGAAAAAACUACAGAAAAAAUAGAAGCGAUUCCUGAAUAUAAAGAAGAAAUAUACAUUGAGGAACCACAAACAAGAAUUCCUUCAGACACUACCGAAAAAACUGAAGAAAUUAAUGAAAAAAUGUUCAUUACAACUGAAAAACUCGAAGAAUUAUCUAAAACGGAAGAAAGAGUUACUGAAAAUGAUGUUUUAGCUGCUGAAGAAAUGUUGGCAACAACUGAAAAAAUCACCAAUGAAAAAUUCGAAGAAGAAUCAAAAACUGAAGAAAUUACAAUGUUAACAACAAUACUUUCAUCAACCUCCACUGAUAAAUCUGAAAUCAUCGUUAAAACUGAAGAAGUUACAGAAAAUAUGUUAACAACUAAAGAAUUAAUUAAUGAAAAUGAAGAAAUAUUUACGGAGAAUCCACAAACAACAAUACUGUCUUCAACCACCAACGAAAAAUCUAAUAUUGAAGAUAACACACAAGAAAUGGUUAUUACAACUGAUCCUAUUGAAGAAAAAGUGGCAACUGAAGAAAUUCCUAAAAUUGAACAAACUACUGUAAAUAUUAUUGAAACUACAACAGAAUUUGUACCUUCUACUCCUAGCAUUGAUGAAAUGACUACUCCUUUAACAACUCCAAAAAUUGAAGAAACAAAUUUUGAUACAGAAAAAUCAACCGUUGUGACAGAAGAACCAAACAAAUCUUCAGAAAUCUUCACAAUCUUACCAUUUUCACAACAAACAACUGAAAUUGAAACAAUUGCAACAAUUAUACCUGAAAUAAAAGCCACGACUCCAAAAAUUGAAGAAAUUUUCAUUAAUAAACAAACCGAACCUCUUUCAAAGGCUUCUGAAGAAACCUUCAACGAAAUAGAAGAACACACAAUUAAAGAAGAUAACCAAAUCUUAGAACCUUCUGAAAAAAUUAAAGAAAUCAAAGAGCCGUCAAAAACUGAAGAAAACGUUGCAGAUACGGUUACUGAAAUUAUACCACCUGUCAAAAAUGAAAAAGUAUUUGCACUUUUUGAGAAAAUUGAAGCAAUUGAUGAAGCAUCCAAAAAUGAAGAAACCACAGUUGUUCCAAUUGCUUCUGAAAAAAUGUUCACUGAAACAGAAGAACACAUAACAGAAAAUGUACAACCUGUCAAAAUUGAAGAAGAUAACAAAGUCGUCGUACCUUCUGAAGAAAUUGAAGAAAUCGACGUGCCGUUAAAAACUGAAGAAAUCGUUUUAGAAACAGUUACUGAAAUUAAAGAAAUUGAAGAACCGUCCAAAAAUAAAGAAACCAUUCCAGAAAAAGAGUCAUUCCUUGACUACGCAUCAUCAAUUAUUGACAGGGAAAAUGAAGAAAGUAAUAUUAAAGAAGAAUCUACUACCAAGGUGAAUUUUGAAGAAACGGAUAAAUCAGUUGAUACAAAUAAUUUUGAGAUCAAGGAAAAUUCAAUAAGUGAAGAAACAACAACUGAAACAGAAAUGGAAAUGAUUACUGAAGAAAUUAAAGAAGACAAAGAUUUUGAACAUAUCACCACUGAGAGCAAUUUUGAAACAGUACCUAAAAUUAUUUUUGUUGAAUCGAAUGAAAACAAAAAUAAAGAUAAAGUUUUAGAAACUACCGAAGAAAUCACCAUCACUACUCAAAAAGCAGAAAUAACUUCUAAACUUGAAGAAACUGAACAAAUACCUGAAGAAAUUAAUACAACAAUUAAAAAUGAAGAAAUUUAUAUUGAAAGCAUAACAGAGAUGACCACAGAAAAUACUCUAGUUGAAACAGAAGAAAACAAAAUAAAUGAACAAAGAGUUUCUGAAACAACUACUGAACAAAUUGGAAUAAUUUCUAGAAAUGAAGAAAUUACAACUGCAGCUGAAGAAAUUACCACCGAAAAUAUAAAAAUAUCUGAAGAAAAUGAUGAAAAUUUACCUGAAGAAAGUGCAACAACUACUGAAAAAGUCAAAUUAAUCUUUGAAAAGGAAGAAAUAACAACCGAAAGUAACGAAUAUUUAGUAUCUUCCGAAGCAACUGAAAAAAUACCUACAGAGAUUAAUACAACAAUAAAAAAUGUAAUUACCACUGAAAACUUAAUUGAAAAUUCUGAAGAAAUAAAAACCAACAAAGUUUUUAAAAAUGAAGAAAAUGAAACUGAAAAAACUGCAACAACAAUUAAAAAUGAAGAAUUAACCACUGAAAAUAUUAUUAAAAUUGAAGAAUUUCAAACUACCGAAAUACAAGAAGAAACUAAAACAAUGAAUAAAAAUGAAGAUAUUAUAACUUUGGAAACUACAACAGAAAUAUUCUUAGAAGAAGAAAUAACCACAGAAAUGUCAAGAAAUGAAGACAAGUCUAACGAAAAAGAAAGCGAAACAAGUGCUGAAAAAGAUAAGUCUUCUUCAUCAUCAUCAUCAUUAUCAUCAUCAUCGGAAGAAUCUGAUGAAGAAUCUUCAAAAGGAGAAGAACAAGAAAACACAGCGGCGGAAGAAAAAAUUUUCAUUGAAGAAGUAUUUAGGAAGAAUUUAGUAACCACAGAGCAAAAUGUUGCUGAGAAAGAAGAAAAUCAAACCACAAUUUCUUCACUUAAAAAUGAAGAUAAUUUGCAAAACUUAAUCCUUAAUCCUGAAGAUUUCAGCAAUAUGGUUGACGGAAAGUUACAAAUUGUACAUGACAUUACUGAAAUCAAAAAUGAAGAAAUUACUACUACAGAAAAAGUUAUGAUAAAUGAAGAAAUUAGUAAAACACCUGAAAAAGUUUAUGUCAUCUAUGCGGAAAGUGUCUAUGAAAAUGUUAAAGAAGACGGUUUUGGAAAUAAAGAAAUCGUCGAAAAAGAAGAAAUUGAAGAAAGUUUAGAAAGCAAAGAAAAUAACACUGAAUCGAGCAGUUCCAGCGAAGAAAAUACAACAAAUGAAGAUGUCAACGGGGUUGUAAUUAAUGAAAUAGUAAACACCAACAGUAAUGAACCUGAAAACAAAAAUAAACUGGAUGAUGUAAAUGAGGUGACUGAAAAUUAUUUAACUACCACUGAAGCAGAGCUAAAAAUAAAACAAAAUGAAAUAUUGGAGUACAGCACUGAAAUAAACGUUGUGGAGAUCGUGAAUGGCGAGAGAAUCGUAAAGAAACUCGAAGAAUAUAGAAAUCGAAAGUUACUAGGCGAAGACGAAAUAUUAAACGAUGAACCAGUGAAGAAACCUAUGAGUGGCGAUGAAGAUUAUGAAAGCCUUUCUUCUAUUUUUAACGUUAAAGACGGCGACUUGAAAGAAAUGGACGAUUCCCCCUACCAGAGUGAAGAUAUUGAGGAUAUUUCGGAGAUGUUUACCGAAGAGGUUAAGUUUGAAGAAAAGGUUAAGGAUACAACUGAAUUGGAUGGCAUUUUUACCAAGAAAACAGAGAGUGAAGAAGUUAUUGAAGAAAAAGUAGAAGAAACGGUUGUUAAAGAUGAAGAUGAUGAAGAGGAAGAUGCAACAUCAACUGAAGAAAUAACCACGAAAGAAGUCGACACAACCACUGAAAAAUUAUUGAAAGUAACCACAAUUUCAUUUGAAAAAAAUGAUGUGGUUGUUGAGAACAAUAAUUCAGUCAAAGAAAUUAACAAGUUUAAGUCUCUGGAAAAUAACCACAGUGACAUAAAUGUAAUAAAAUUGCUUUUGGACGGAAAAUUUGGUAAUGAUGUUAAAGUUAUCCCCAAAAAUCCUACAAAUUUCAUCGAGGGUGUUUUUAAUGCUAAACCAUAUAAUUUUACGUUGGGGAUAGAAACUGAGAAUGGGACGAUUUUUGUCCCAGGAAGUGCAAGUCUUUUUAAUAUUGAAUGCGGUGUCAAUAUAACUUGGAGGAAUGAUAAAAAUUCAAACAAUUCUAUAACAUUGCAACUAAAUAAUAAGGAAUACGAAUAUUUGGAUAGUAUCACUAUAGAAGUAGUAAAAAAAAAGAAAACCAUAAGUGACAAAUUCAUAACAAAAAGUCAUGAUUUACCAAAAAAAGAGGACCAAUUAUUUGUAUUUCCUUCCGGAGUAACUUUGAGGUUUUCAAACUUGGAUUUUUUGGAAAACCUAUGUUAUUUACAAGAUAAAGUUUCCCUAAAACAAUCAGGCUCGUUCAUGGGACCAAUGGGCUUGAACAUAAUGACAGUGUUGUUCACAGUACUAAUAGUUAGCAGUGUAAUAUUGUACUACGUUUUGAGGUCCAAGAAGAACAAAGCUGUUAUUACAGGGGAACCAUGUGCAACUUCCUCAAAAUUGCAGGUUUAG